UCUUCUACACAAAAAUCAAUAACUAGGUUUAGGGUUUUCUUUUUCAUCGGAAAGUAAUAGAAUGAGUUCCGGUGGAGGAUCAGGCAAGGGCGGCGGCGGUAGAGGGAAACCUAAGGCAGCAAAAUCAGUGUCUAGGUCUUCAAAAGCGGGUCUACAAUUUCCUGUUGGUAGGAUUGCACGUUUUCUUAAAAAUGGAAAGUAUGCUGAACGUGUUGGUGCUGGUGCACCUGUUUAUUUAUCUGCCGUCCUUGAAUACCUAGCAGCUGAGGUGCUGGAGUUGGCUGGGAAUGCAGCAAGGGAUAACAAGAAAAAUCGUAUAGUGCCGAGGCAUAUUCAGUUGGCUGUGAGGAAUGAUGAGGAGCUGAGCAAGCUUUUAGGUCAUGUUACUAUUGCUAAUGGAGGUGUCCUGCCCAAUAUUCACCACAAUCUAUUGCCUAAAAAGGCUGGAUCAGGCAAGGGAGAUAUCGGCUCUGCAUCUCAAGAGUUUUAGAAUCAAUCAACUUCUAGUUUUGAAAACGAUUUGGAGUAAACCGCUUCAUAGCUGUCUGUGGAAAUGGCUUUUGUUUUGAUAAUUUUGAAUUCAAUGGCGCUGUCAUGAUAUACAACUCGGAAAGUUUUUGUGAUGUGAAUGAAUUAGAUCAAUUUGGAUGUCAAUUUGCAAUCUGAUAUACAACUCAGAAUUUUUUGUGAAUGGAAUUGGAUCAAUUGGUCUGAAGUUGAUUUGUAGUUCUAUCUUGAGACUCGCAUUUGAAUUCAAGCUUCUUUCAGCUA